AAGUGAAAAGCGAUUAGCAGAGAGCUCGCUGCGUUCCCCCACCAUCUUCCAACCUGCGCGUCGCAGUUAUGGACUCUGGUGAACUGCGGUAUACAUCGACAAAUUUUAAAAACAUAUGUUGUACUUAGCAAAAUGGUUCUACUGGAAAAUGAUACGUUUUUAGUGGAGCUAACACGACUUUUCGACAAAUCUCGAAUUUCUGGUUCUGUUGUACUAACUAUUAAAAGGUUUAAUGGACAUAAUAAACCAGUACCUAGAGAAGGAAAGUCUCCGUUACCAACACCAAGUGAAUUUCUCUGUUUAGUGAGAGCCACCUUACGAUCUAAGAAAAUUUCUACUGUUAUUCAUUCUAAAGAUGUAAAUAAAUUUCAACAAGCCUAUUGGAAUCUAUUAAAAUCAAAUAUUAAUGGUCUUAAAAAGUUAAAAAAAGUUAAAUCCGCAAAGCCUAAAGUUCAUUGACUGUUUAACAUUUAUAUAUUAUAUAUUAUUAUUGAAACUUUUGCAUAUAUCUUUGUAUAACACAAAACAUAAUUCCUUUAAUGUCUAUUACAAUACUGCCUAAGAAAUAAAUCACAUUUUAUGUAAAUAAUGCC